AUGGCUUUCAUCGCCUCUCAACUCGUUUUCAUGGGAAUUUUAUGUGUUGCUUUGAUCCUCACAUCAGGGCUACCAGUUACUCUGAGUCUAUUUUUAGACUAUGCUGGACUAUGCAGAUCUGAGGAUAAUUGCAUGACAACCAGUGACUGCGAUUCUAUUUCCAAGCUGACAACAUGUGAAUGUGACGCUCAAUCCCGUCCAUCUUGA